AUUUGGGACACGGGGCAAAAGUGACAAUGGCAUUGCGCUACGAACUUAAAACCGUGGAUGAAGUGCUCAAGCAUUUCAAAGUAAAUGAAAACGACGGGUACAAUGACAAGCAAGUCGAAGAAGCGCGCAGAAUCCAUGGAUGGAACGAGCUCGACAAGGAAGAGCCAACUCCUUUGUGGAAACUCGUAUUGGAACAGUUUGAAGACGCCUUGGUGCGAAUUCUCCUUGCAGCAGCGACCAUCUCGUUUGUGCUUGCUUGGAUGGACGAAGACAGCCAUGGUGAAGGAAUCGGCGCGUAUGUCGAGCCGCUGGUAAUUCUUGUGAUUCUGAUUUUGAACGCCAUUGUCGGUGUCUGGCAAGAAGCCAAUGCAGAAUCUGCAUUGGAGGCGCUGAAGAACUUGCAGCCUGAAAACGCGCGUGUUCUUCGUAAUGGCGUGAUGCUGACUGUGGCGGCUCGCGAAUUGGUCCCUGGUGACAUUGUGGAAGUUCGAGUGGGCGACAAAGUACCUGCUGACAUGCGCUUGAUUUCGCUCAAGACGACGGCAAUGCGUGCCGAGCAGUCGCAGAUGACAGGGGAAAGUGUCAGUGUGAACAAAGAAAUUGACGAAUUGCCAGAGACCACCGAAAACAUUAUCCAAGCAAAAAAGAAUAUGUUGUUUGCGGCGACUGUAAUAGUCAAUGGGUUGGGUCGCGGAGUGGUGGUGAAGACUGGCAUGAAGACUGAAAUCGGUCAAAUUCAGCAGAGUGUCCAAGACGCGUCAGAAGAAGAGGAAUCGACACCGCUCAAGAAGAAGCUCGACGCGUUUGGCGAACAAUUGUCUUAUGUGAUCGGUGUCAUCUGUUUGGUGGUAUGGCUGAUCAACUACAAGAAUUUCUUCGACCCCAUCCACGGCUCGGUGUUCAAGGGAUGCAUCUACUACUUCAAGAUUGCUGUUGCGCUUGCUGUUGCGGCCAUUCCCGAAGGUCUCCCGGCUGUCAUCACGACCUGCUUGGCUUUGGGCACGAAGAAAAUGGCGGCUAAAAACGCCAUUGUGCGCAAGCUGCCGUCAGUCGAAACCCUUGGCUGCACCACUGUAAUUUGCUCGGACAAGACUGGGACGCUCACAACAAACGAAAUGUCAUGUGUUACGUUUUCGCAUCCCGGUACUACAGAAGGCGACUUGAUCUCUUACGAUGUCGAGGGCCACACGUAUGCCCCGAUCGGAAACAUCUCUGGUAUGACUCCAGCGAAUGACAAGGCCGUUAACACCAUCGCGGCCAUUUGCGCGCUCUGCAACGAAUCGACCAUCGAAUACAACAACGGCAAGUACGUCCGUAUAGGCGAGCCAACGGAAGCCGCCCUUCGCGUCUUGACGGAAAAGAUCGGAGUCCCGGACAAGUCCCAGCAGGCCACCGUCGCCUCCCAACGCAAAUCGGAUCCCGCCAAGGUUGUCCAACAUGCCAACAACUACUGGUUGGACGCGUACAAGAAAUUGGCAACUCUAGAGUUUUCUCGUGACCGCAAGUCGAUGUCCGUGCUAUGUUCUCAAGCCAGCGACGUCCGCCGCGCGACGCGCUCGACCCCUGCCACACAAAAUGUGUUGUUUGUCAAGGGUGCGCCUGAAGGCCUGCUCACUCGAUGCACAACUGUUCAAUUGCUCGACGGUCGCGUAGUCCCAUUUACUGAAAAGGGCCGCCAAGCCGUAUUGGCGAAGGUGACGACUAUGGCCAAAAAGAGUUUGCGCUGCUUAGCGUUGGCCAAGAAGGAGGACCUGGGUGACUUAAGCACGUAUGACGGCGACCGCCACCAUCCUUCCCAUAAGAAGCUCGAAUCGACGGAAAACUUUGCUCAGAUAGAAUCCAACCUGACGUUUGUCGGGUUGGCUGGCAUGGAAGACCCUCCGCGCCCCGAAGUCCGUCCGAUGAUUGAAGUGUGCUCUAGCGCUGGAGUCCGCGUGAUCAUGAUCACGGGCGACAACAAGUUGACCGCCGAGUCGGUGUGCCGCAAGAUUGGAAUUUUCACUGAAACAGAAGACGUGUCCCAAAAGUCGUUUACGGGUGCCGAGUUUUUUGCUUUGCCAACAGCCAAGCAAGUUGAGCUGCUCGCUAGCAAAGACGGCAACGGCAUGGCGUUUUCGCGUACAGAGCCCAAGCACAAGCAAUUGCUGGUGAAGAUGUUGAAGCAAGCUGGAGAAGUCGUGGCCAUGACAGGUGAUGGCGUGAACGAUGCGCCUGCAUUGAAGCAGGCCGACAUUGGUAUUGCUAUGGGAAUUUCGGGAACGGAAGUUGCCAAAGAAGCGUCCGACAUGGUAUUGGCUGAUGACAAUUUUGCCACGAUUGUGUCGGCCGUUGAAGAAGGCCGAUCGAUCUACAACAACAUGCAGUCGUUCAUUCGGUACCUGAUCUCGUCCAACAUUGGUGAAGUUGCGGCCAUUUUUUUCACGGCGGCGCUCGGGUUUCCUGAAGGCCUCAUUCCAGUCCAGCUCCUCUGGGUGAACUUGGUCACGGAUGGACCUCCCGCCACCGCCUUGGGCUUCAACCCGGCGGACAAGGACAUCAUGACGAAGCCCCCGCGCCGUGCGAACGACGACCUCAUCAACAAGUGGACUUUUUUCCGCUACAUGGUGGUUGGCAUCUACGUCGGUUUUGCAUGCGUGGGUGUGUUUGGCCACUGGUACAUGUUUUACGACGGUUCGAAUGACGGCCACACCCUCAUCACGUUUGACCAGUUGACCCACUUUGGCCAAUGCGCAACGUGGAAGGACUUCAAGGUGAACAACUUUAACGGCCUGGAUUUCUCGCAAGAUCCGUGUUCGUACUUUACGACUGGCAAGGUGAAAGCGUCUACGUUGUCGCUUUCUGUGCUGGUCGCCAUCGAAAUGUUCAACGCAUUGAACGCGUUGUCGGAGGACGGUAGCCUGGUUACGAUGCCGCCGUGGUCCAACCCGUACCUGAUCAUUGCGAUGUUUGUCUCGUUUGGACUGCAUUUCGUGAUUUUGUACGUCGACUGGCUUGCCGAAAUCUUCAGCGUAUGCCCUCUGGACUUCAACGAAUGGCUCCUCGUGCUCGCGUACUCGCUCCCCGUGAUCCUCAUGGAUGAAAUCCUCAAGGUAUUUGGCCGGCACAUGGCAGCACGAGAACUAGCGAACCGAUUGAAGGCCAAGAAGCACCUCAAGGAAGAUUAAAAAAUGGGAUGUAAUCGUAAUCCUAGACAGCGCACAGCUCUUGAAUGCGCCACCGACGCCAUCCACUCGCCGCCAUAUAUACCCAAUGGAACAUGCAUCUUGCAAUAGCUUCCUGCCUUGCCUGUGUGACCUGGACACCGU